UGAGUUUCAGAUUUUUUUUGCUUGUACUGGCCUCUUGAGAUUGGAAGACUAGCGUUGUUGUGGGCUUGUGGCAUAGGCUUCCUUUGUGGGUCUUUUUCUCAUCUGAUGUAAACAAUAUUUUUUAGUCUGGUAACGGUGCAAAGGCAAAUGGGGCAUCAUCACAUAUCUAGGUCGUAUUUUCGACAGACAGAUAUAAAACGGAGUGGGAAUGCCUCGAUUGAUAUCAUGUCCAAGUUCUUCAAGCUGAUGGUGGUUCUACAAUUAAUGAAUGAUUUGAACCGAAGUGUUCAAGAUGCCGCUAUCUCUUGUAUUGAGGCUUAUAGUGUGCUUGAGGUUCUUCGACCUCUCUAUAAUUCCCCUAAGAUACUGGAACAAAAGGUAACUGUUGCGAUAUAUGUCAAUCUUCAAUUUCGUUGUCGCUUAGCAGUUGUUGGGCUUUGGUACCCAGUCUGUAAUUUUGCUGAUGCACCAGCGACACAUAUUUAUCAUUGUUUAUUUUUUAAUCAAUAACAAAGCACAGGUACAAUAUAAUCUUAUAUAGCUUUUAAGGUAUGUAAACAUCCACUUUAGUGAUGCUAACAAAUGUAUAAAAUAAUAAUUAUUGUUUUUUCAUAGCAAUAUAUUUUAUCAUAUUGCAUCUUAGUUCAUGCUACCUGGAUGUAAAUGUGGUGCGGUUUAGUUUAGUAAGAUCUUCACUAAUCACUACAUAGUGCAGCACUGGGCUGUUAAUAUUUUUUGUACCAUGUGUCAUAAGCAUGAGAUGUUGCCUGUAGAGUACCAAUGCUUUAUUGCAGUCUUCCUCCUCGUCUGCCCCAAUGUCGGCAAGUCAGCCCUCUUCAACAGGUGAGAGGCACCUUAGGAAGGCAUCGGUCAUUGCCUCUCGCCUGUAGUUUCUAUGCCGCUAUGAGGGGUGGUGGCAUUUCCUCAAAUACGUUGCAUGUAUCACUGUAACUGUUCUUCCCCUUCCGUUACCAUUAACCCAUGCAUCUAAUUACUUGUAUAUUUUACGUUACCGUUUUCCU